AUGCAGCCGAACCCCGAGCCUGAGACCGAGCGUGCCGUGAAGCGCCAGCGCCUGCAGGAUCGCAACGUGAUCGCCAUGAAGCCGCUCGUGCCGCCGGCCUGUGUGCUGGAGGAGCUUCCCGUCAUUCCUGAGGUGCACGAGCUGGUGGACGCCACCAGGGACGCCGUGUCCCGCAUCCUGCACGGCCAGGACGACCGCCUCGUGGUGGUCGUGGGCCCGUGCUCCAUUCACGACGUGGACGCCGCGAUGGACUACGCCAAGCGCCUCAAGGUGCUGGCUGACGAGCUGGACGGCGAGCUGCUGGUGAUCAUGCGCACGUACUUCGAGAAGCCGCGCACCACCGUGGGCUGGAAGGGGCUCAUCAACGACCCGGACCUCAACCAGUCGUUCAACAUCAACAAGGGCAUCCGCAUCGCCCGCAAGCUGCUGCUGGACGUCAACGCGCUGGGUCUGCCCGUGAGUCUCGAGUUCCUGGACACCAUCUCGCCACAGUUCACGUCGGACCUCAUCUCGUGGGGAGCCAUCGGCGCCCGCACUACGGAGUCGCAGCUGCACCGCGAGCUGACGAGCGGCCUGUCGAUGCCGGUGGGCUUCAAGAACGGCACGGGCGGCAACGCCAAGGUGGCGGUGGACGCUGCCGUGGCCUCGUCGCAGCCGCACAACUUCCUGGGGCUCAACGAGCACGGCCUCGCGUCCAUUGUGCGCACCAAGGGCAACAAGGACUGCCACGUGAUCCUCCGCGGCGGCUCCAGCGGCCCCAACUACGAGCAGCAGUACAUUGACGAGGCGGCCGAGAUGCUGGUCAAGGCCAAGCAGCCGUCCAAGAUCAUGGUGGACUGCUCGCACGGCAACUCCCGCAAGCUCCACUCCAACCAGCCCAAGGUGGCCAGCUACCUGGCCGGCAUCAUCGCCGAGGGCAACACCAACCUGCUGGGCGUUAUGAUCGAGUCCAACAUCGUGGAGGGCAACCAGUCCCUCGGCGACGACCCGUCCAAGCUCGUCUACGGCAAGAGCAUCACGGACGCUUGCAUCAACUGGGACGACACUGUCACGACGCUGAAGGAGCUCGCCGAAGCCGUCGCCAAGCGACGCAAACGCGCCGCCGCCGAGCCGACCGCCAACUAG